AUGGCGUCCCCGAGCCGCAGGCAGCCGCGCCUCCUGCGCGUCCUGCUCGCCCCGCUGGCCCUGCUCGCGCUGCUGCCGCCACAGGCUCCGGGCGCGGCGACGCAGACGCUGCCCGGCCGCUCGCCCCGGGCCCAGGACCGCGGCUUCCUCGUGGUGCGGGCCGACCCGCCGGAGCUGCCGCUGCGCAGGAGACGGAGCGCCGCGCUGCAGCCGGAGCCCAUCCAGGUGUACGGACAGGUGAGUCUGAAUGAUUCCCACAACCAGAUGGUGGUGCACUGGGCCGGAGAGAGGAGCAACGUGAUUGUGGCCUUGGCCCGAGACAGCCUGGCCGUGGCCCGACCCCGCAGCAGCCACGUGUACGUGUCCUACGACUAUGGGAAAUCGUUCCAGAAAAUCUCCGAGAAGCUGAACUUCGGGGCAGGAAACAGCAGCAAGGCGGUGAUUGCCCAGUUCUACCACAGCCCCGCGGACAACAGGAGGUACAUCUUCGCAGACGCCUACGCCCAGUACCUCUGGAUCACGUUCGACUUUUGCCACACCAUUCAAGGCUUUUCCAUCCCGUUCCGGGCAGCCGAUCUCCUCCUGCACAGCAAGGCCUCCGACCUCCUCCUGGGCUUCGACAGGUCUCACCCCAACAAGCAGCUGUGGAAGUCGGACGAUUUUGGCCAGACCUGGAUCCUGGUUCAGGAGCAUGUGAAGUCCUUCUCCUGGGGGGUUGAUCCCUACGACGAGCCCAACACCCUGUACGUGGAGCGGCAGGAGCCCUCCGGCUACUCCACAGUUCUCCGCAGCACCGACUUCUUCCAGUCCCGGGAGAGCCAGGAGGUGGUGCUGGAGGCAGUGAGAGACUUCCAGCUUCGGGACAAGUACAUGUUUGCCACCAAGGUGGUGCACCUCCCCGGCAGCCCGCAGCUGCCGUCCGUGCAGCUCUGGGUCUCCUUCGGCCGGAAGCCCAUGCAAGCAGCCCAGUUUGUCACAAGACAUCCCAUCAAUGAGUAUUACGUGGCGGACGCCUCCGAGGACCAGGUGUUCGUGUGUGUCAGCCACAGUGACAACCGCACGGACUUGUACAUCUCCGAGGCCGAGGGGCUGCGCUUCUCCCUGUCCCUGGGGAACGUGCUCUACUACAGCCCGGCGGGCGCCGGCCGGGACACCCUGGUCAGGUAUUUUGCGAGUGAGCCGUUUGCUGACUUCCACCGCGUGGAAGGGCUGCAGGGCGUCUACAUCGCCACCCUGGUGAGCGGUUCCAUGAAGGAGGAGAACAUGAGAUCAGUCAUCACCUUUGACAAAGGGGGCACCUGGGAGUUUCUCCAGCCUCCCGCUGUCACGGGAUAUGGAGAAAAGAUCGACUGUGAGCUGUCUCAGGGCUGCUCCCUGCACCUGGCCCAGCGGCUCAGCCAGCUGCUCAGCCUCCAGCUGCGGAGGAUGCCCAUCUUGUCCAAGGAGUCGGCUCCCGGUCUCAUUAUUGCCACUGGUUCAGUGGGAAAGAACCUGGCCAGCAAGAUGAGCGUGUACAUCUCCAGCAGCGCGGGCGCUCGGUGGCGCGAGGCGCUGCCCGGCCCUCACUACUACACUUGGGGCGACCACGGCGGCAUCAUCGUGGCCAUCGCCCAGGGCAUGGAAACCAACGAGCUGAAAUACAGCACCAACGAGGGGGAGACCUGGCAGACGUUCAUCUUCUCCAGGAAGCCCGUGUUCGUGUACGGGCUCCUCACGGAACCCGGCGAGAAGAGCACCGUCUUCACCAUCUUUGGUUCCGACACAGAGAAGGCGCACAGCUGGCUGAUCCUGCAGGUCAACGCCACUGACGCCCUGGGGGUCCCCUGCACAGAGAAUGACUACAAGCUGUGGUCCCCGUCCGACGAGAGGGGCAGCCAGUGCCUGCUGGGUCACAAGACAGUCUUCAAGCGCCGGACGCCUCACGCCACGUGCUUCAACGGCGAAGACUUCGACCGGCCCGUGGUGGUGGCCAACUGCUCCUGCACCCGCGCCGACUACGAAUGUGACUUCGGUUUCAAGAUGAGUGAAGACCUGCUGCUGGAGGUUUGCGUGCCCGAUCUCGAGUUCUCUGAGCAGUCCGAGUCCCCUCCUGUGCCCUGCCCUGCGGGCUCCACCUACCGGAGGACGAGAGGCUAUCGGAAGAUUUCCGGGGACACGUGCAGCGGAGGGGAUGUCGAAGCGCGACUGGAGGGGGAGCUGGUCCCGUGCCCCGUGGCAGAGGAGAACGAGUUCAUCCUGUUUGCCACGCGCAAGUCCAUCCACCGCUACGACCUGGCCUCCGGCGCCACCGAGCAGCUGCCGCUCGCUGGCCUGCGGGCCGCCGUCGCCCUGGACUUCGACUACGCGCGCAACUGCCUGUACUGGUCUGACCUGGCCUUGGACCUCAUCCAGCGCCUCUGUCUGAACGGGAGCACCGGGCAGGAGGUGAUCAUCAGCUCCGGCUUGGAGACCGUGGAAGCCCUGGCCUUUGACCCCCUCAGCCAGCUGCUUUACUGGGUGGACGCUGGCUUUAAGAAGAUUGAGGUAGCUCAUCCGGAUGGUGACUUCCGACUCACGAUCGUCAAUUCCUCUGUGCUCGAUCGGCCCCGCGCUCUGGCCCUCGUGCCCCAGGAGGGGGUGAUGCUCUGGACCGACUGGGGAGACCUGAGGCCAGGCAUUUACCGGAGCAACAUGGACGGCUCUGCUGUGCGCUCCCUGGUGUCGGAGGAUGUGAAGUGGCCCAAUGGCAUCUCCGUGGACGAGCAGUGGGUCUACUGGACGGACGCCUACCUGGACUGCAUCGAGCGGGUCUCCCUCCACGGCCAGCAGCGCUCGGUCCUCCUGAGCGGCCUCCCGCACCCCUAUGCCAUCGCGGUCUUCAAGAAUGAUCUCUACUGGGACGACUGGUCACAGCUCAGCAUCUUCCGAGCUUCCAAGCAGGGUGGGUCACAGGUGGCGCUGCUGGCCAGCCAGCUCCCGGGGCUGAUGGACAUGAAGGUUUUCUACAAGGGGAAGACUGCUGGGAGCAACGCCUGUGUGCCCCGGCCCUGCAGCCUGCUGUGCCUGCCCCGGGCCAAUGGCAGCAGGACCUGCAGGUGCCCAGAGGGAGUGCUGGCUGCUGAGCUCCAGGCCUCAGAGCUCCAGGCCACUGAGCUCCAGGCCGGGGACCUGCGGUGCGAGUGCCCAGGGGGCUAUCAGCUGAAGAACAACUCCUGCGUGAAAGAAGAGGGCGCCUGUCUCCGCAGCCAGCAUCGCUGCAGCAACGGGAACUGCAUCAGCAGCGUCUGGCGGUGUGACUUUGACAACGACUGCGGAGACCUGAGCGACGAGAGGAACUGCCCUACCACCGUUUGUGACCCUGAGACGCAGUUCCGCUGCCAGGCGUCGGGGACCUGUGUCCCGCUGUCCUACAAGUGUGACCUGGAGGACGACUGUGGCGACAACAGUGACGAAAGCCACUGUGAGACGCACCAGUGCCGGGAGGACGAGUACAACUGCAGCUCGGGCCUGUGCAUCCGCACCUCCUGGGUGUGCGACGGCGACAAUGACUGCAGGGACUGGUCCGACGAAGCCAACUGCACGGCCGUCUACCACACCUGUGAGGCGUCCAACUUCCAGUGUCACAACGGGCACUGCAUCCCCCGGCGCUGGGCCUGCGAUGGGGACCUGGAUUGCCAGGAUGGCUCCGACGAGGACCCUGCCAGCUGCGAGAAGCGGUGCAACAGCUUCCGCUGCCCGAAUGGCACCUGCCUCCCCGCCAGCAAGCACUGCGACGGACUGCGGGACUGCGCUGAUGGCUCCGACGAGCAGCACUGCGAGCCGCUCUGCACCCGCUUCAUGGACUUCGUGUGCAAGAACCGCCAGCAGUGCCUGUUCCACUCCAUGGUGUGUGACGGCGUCGUGCAGUGCCGGGACGGCUCGGAUGAGGACGCUGCCUUUGCUGGCUGCUCCCAAGACCCCGAGUUCCACAAGGAUUGUGACGAGUUCAGCUUCCAGUGUCAGAACGGCGUGUGCAUCAGCGUGGUCUGGAAGUGCGACGGCAUGGACGACUGCGGCGACUCCUCGGACGAAGCCAGCUGUGGAGAGGCCGCAGAAAACCCCACCGAAGCCCCCAACUGCUCCCGCCAUUUCCAGUUCCGGUGUGAGAAUGGCCGCUGCAUCCCCAGCCGGUGGAGGUGCGACCACGAGAACGACUGCGGGGACUGGUCCGACGAAGAGGCCUGUGCAGAUUCACACAUUAUUCCCUCCCCCACUCCCGGGCCCUCUACAUGUCCACCUAAUUACUUCCGCUGCAGCGGCGGGGCCUGCGUGAUGGACAUCUGGGUGUGCGAUGGCUACCGAGACUGCGCCGACGGCUCGGACGAGGAAGCCUGUCCUUCGCCUGCCAAUGUUACUGCUGCCUCCGUGCCCACCCAGGUUGGGCAAUGUGACCGGUUUGAGUUCGAGUGCCACCAGCCAAGGAAGUGCAUCCCCAACUGGAAGCGCUGUGAUGGCCGUCGCGAUUGUCCCGGAGGCCAGGACGAGGCCGGCUGCCCCACACGCGGUGCCCUGGCCUGUGCGAGUGGUGAGUUCCCAUGCACGGACGGCGAGGCCUGCCUGCAACCCUUGGAGCGCUGCGACGGCUUCCUGGACUGUGCGGAUGAGAGCGACGAGCAGGCCUGCAGCGAUGAACUGACUGUUUACAAGGUGCAGAACCUGCAGUGGACAGCUGACUUCUCCGGGGACGUAACUUUGACCUGGACGCGACCCAAGAAGAUGCCCUCUGCUUCCUGUGUGUAUAAUGUCUACUACAGGGUGGUGGGGGAGAGCCUUUGGAAGACCCUGGAGACCCACAGCAACAAAACCAACACGAGGCUCCGCGUCCUGAAGCCGGAUACCACAUACCAGGUGAAGGUGCAGGUGCAGUGCCUGAGCAAGGUGCACAGCACCAACGACAUCCUGACGCUGCGGACCCCCGAGGGGCUGCCCGACGCCCCUCGGAACCUCCAGCUGUCCCUGCCCCGGGACGAGGAAGGAGCGAUUGUGGGCCGCUGGGCCCCUCCCGCCCACAGCCAGGGCCUCGUGCGGGAGUACAUUGUGGAGUACAGCCGGAGCGGUUCCAGGACGUGGGCCUCCCAGAGGGCCGCCAGCAACGCCACGGAGAUCAGGAAUGUGCUGGUCGGCGCUCAGUACACCGUCAGGGUGGCUGCGGUGACGAGCCGUGGUAUAGGAAACUGGAGCGACUCCAAAUCCAUCACCACCACACGGGAGAAAGUGGUCCCGCCUCCAGACAUCCGCAUUGACAGCUGCACGGAUAGUUCUGUGAGCUUCACCCUGGCCAUGGCAAGCGACGUCCAGGUGGAUGGCUACGUGGUGAACCUCUUCUGGGCCUUUGACGCUCACAGACAGGAGAAGAGGACUCUGACCUUCCGAGGGAGCACGCUGUCCCACAGAGUGGGCAACCUGACGGCUCAGACGUCAUACGAGAUCUCCGCCUGGGCCAGGACUGGCCUGGGGGACAGCCCCCUGGCGUUCGCGCACAUCGUGACCAAAGGUGUCCGCCCACCGGCUCCCAGCCUCAAGGCCAGAGCCCUGAACCAGACCGCGGUGGAGUGCGCCUGGACCGGGCCCCGGGACGUGGUGUACGGCAUCUUCUAUGCCACGUCCUUCCUUGACCUCUAUCGGAACCCGAAGAGCUUGACGACUUCGCUCCACAACAAGACCGUCAUUGUCGGGAGGGAUGAGCAGUACUUGUUUCUGGUCCGUGUGGUGGUGCCUUACCGGGGGCCGUCCUCGGACUCCGUGGUGGUGCGGAUGAUCCCGGACAGCAGGCUCCCGCCGCGCCACCUGCACACGGUGCGCACCGACAAGACCUCCGCCGUGCUGAAGUGGGAGUCCCCGUAUGACGCCCCUGACCGGGACUUGUUGUAUGCAAUUGCAGUCAAAGACCUGAUAAGAAAGAGCGACAGGAGCUACAAGGUGAAAUCCCGGAACAGCACGGUGGAGUACACACUCAACAAGUUGGAGCCUGGAGGGAAAUACCACGUCGCCGUCCAGCUGGGGAACAUGAGCAAAGAUGCCAGCAUAAAGGUCACCACAGUGUCGCUGUCAGCACCUGAUGCCUUAAAAAUCAUCACAGAACGUGACCACGUCCUUCUGUUCUGGAAGAGUCUGGCUUUGAAGGAAAAGUAUUUUCAGGAGAGCAGGGGCUAUGAGAUCCACGCGUCCGAUAACUCCCUGAACACCACGGCGUACCUGGGGAACACGACCGACACCUUCUUCAAAGUCUCCCACCUGAAGCUGGGCCACAAUUACACGUUCUCCGUGCGGGCCAGCUGCCUCCUGGGCAGCCAGCUGUGUGGGGAGCCGGCCGUGCUGCUCUUCGACGACACGGGGCCAGGUGGGGACGCGGCAGCACUGCAGGCUGCCAGGACCCCCGACGUGGCGGCCGUGGUAGUGCCCAUCCUGUUCCUGGUCCUGCUGAGCCUGGGGGUCGGCUUCGCCGUCCUGUAUGCCAAGCACCGGCGGCUGCAGGGCAGCUUCACCGCCUUUGCCAACAGCCACUACAGCUCGCGGCUGGGCGCAGCCGUCUUCUCCUCGGGCGACGACCUGGGGGAGGAUGACGAAGACACUCCGAUGAUAACUGGAUUUUCCGAUGACGUCCCCAUGGUGAUAGCCUGA